GUUUAUUGCAGAAUCGUUGAUGGGUCUUGGGUUUACGCUGGUCCUCCUCCUCCCCUUCCUUGGCUCCGUGGUUUUAGCUCGAGAAGCUGUUUGGGCCUCAGCGCUGCAGGGUGCUGGGCGCAGCUGUCCGGGCCGGGCCGAGCUGGGGGCUGCGCCAGGGCGGGCGGCGGAUUGCGAUGCAGAUGCAUCCGCCUGUCGGCGGCCACGUGCAGAUGGUCGGGCCCGAUCGCCAGAUCGCGGUCAGCGGCUGUACGCAUGGCACCGUCGGCAGCAUCGUGCGCGGAGCCUAUACGCUCGCCUCCCAGAACCACGGGAAGCCGACCUACAAGAAGGACGCCCAGGUGAAUGGCUUAGACGUGAUGCUCUACUUCUGGGACGAGCGCGACGGAGCGGCCUUCAGCGGCUGGUGGUUCGGCCCGAAAGUAGGAGGCGAUCAGGUUUGGUCGCACCACCCGAUGAACACCCCGACGCCGCCGACAUCCGGGUGGAAGGUGCCGUACGACGGCCCCGUCGACGUGACCAUGGCCCUCAGCUCGAGGUCGUCGGCUCCGCCCCCCGCCGGCCAGCAGGCCUGGGGAGGCAAGGCCGGCGGGGGCCUGCUGGUGGCACAGCCGCCGCCGCAGGCGCAGUGGCCCCAGCAGCAGCAGCAGCAGCAGCAGCAGCAGGCCUGGCAGCAGGGCGGCAAGGGCGGGAAGGAUUUCGGGAAGGGCGGCGGCAAGGACUUCGGCAAGGGCGGGAAGGAUUUCGGGAAGGGCGGCGGCAAGGACUUCGGCAAGGGCGGGAAGGAUUUCGGGAAGGGCGGCGGCCAGGACUUCGGCAAGGGCGGGAAGGAUUUCGGGAAGGGUGGCGGCCAGGACUUCGGGAAGGGCAGCGGCAAAGACUUCGGGAAGGGUGCCAAGGAAGGCUUCAAGAACGGCAAGGACAAGGACAAGGGCAAGGGCGGGGGCAAGCCGAGCGAUUGGCAGGCCCAGCAGGCCCAGCAGGCCCAGCAGAACGCGUUGAAGCUGCAGCAGUUACAGCAGCAGCAGCAGGAGCUCAAGAGGAAGGCGGAGGAGGAGAAGAAGAAGCUCGAGGAGGCGGCGAUCAAGAAGAAGGCCGAGCAGACGGCGGCCCUCAAUAUCCGUAGGGUCAUCCAGAAGGUGCGCGGCGCCACUGACGACACCCUUCAGCAGCUCAAGACGGAACUGAGCGAGAUCAUGGCCAAAGAGUUGGAAGCCUGCGGUUCCAUCAAAGAUAAGAUCAAAGAGGAUGCCGAUAAGGCCGUCGAGCAGACAGUUGCGCGCCUCGAGGCGGCCAAGAAGGCCGCAGCUGAUGCCGAGGCGAAGCGCAAGGAGCUGCAGGAGAAGGCCGAGGGGCUGCUGGCGAGGCUGGGCGAGCUGGUGACGGACGCGGAGGCGGCCUCGAGGAAGGUCCAGGAGGCGGCCGAGCCGCUGUCUGAGGACGGGGCCGGCCUGGAGAGCGUGACGGCCGCGGCAGAUGCGGUCGAGGGGGCGAGCGCAGAGGCCAAGGCGAAGCUGAAGCUCUGCACGGACUUCACGAAGGAGCACUCGAAAGACACGAACAUUGCGAAGAGGGAGGGUCAGACCGACAUCAAGGCCGAGUGGAGUAAGCUAAUGACGAGGGUGCGCGAGAGCGCUAAGGAUACGGACUCCACGGAUAGGUUCGCGGCGGCAGCGAAGGUGAAGGCGGUCAAGAAGUCUGAGGCGACCCGAAAGCUGGACGAGAUGAAGAAGGUGUUUGAUAAAUAUGACAAGGACAAGGACGGUUUCUUGAGCAAGGCCGAGGUGAAGAGCUAUGCCCAGGGCGUCUUCAAGUUCGCUAUCAAAGCAGAGCCGCUCAAUGAUAUCUUCACGGCGCUUGCCCAGGACCCCAAGGGGAUCAAGAAGGAGUCGCUCCAACGGCUGAAGGUAGCCGUCGCCAUCGCCUUCGUGAAGACAAAGGACGACGAGCUCCGCGAGGUGAGGGUGAAGAAAGAAGCGGAGCUUGCGAACGUCAAGGCUGGGCUGCAGGAGAAGGUCCAGGAGGCGCUGCAUGCGAUCGAGAAGUGCGAGGAGCUCGUCAAGAAGGCGGAGGCGGCAGCGAAGCCCCUGCCGGUCAAGGCGAAGGAGCUCGCGUCGACGGAGAUGCUCCAGCUGGUCGGCGAGGCCAGCGCCUCGAUCGAAGAGGCGAGGGACAGCCUCGGCGGGGCGAAGGCGGAGCUGGAGGCGCUCAGGGAGGGCGUGGAGGAGGAGCUCAAGGCGUGGAUGCUCGCGGAGGUCUCCAAGCUAGAGAAGAGGACGAAGAGCUGGGAGCCCCGGCUCGCGACUGCCACCGCCAAGUGCGCCAGCUUUGAAGAGAGCGCGAGGAGAAAGGAGCGCGCGGAGCUGAGCACGCUGGAGAAGCAGGUGCUCAGCAUGAUCCGGUACCACCAGAAGGAGGGCAAGCUUUCAAAGGACGCCAUGUUCGAGCAGUUCGAUGCUGACAAGGACGGGCGCGUGAGCGAGGCGGACUUCCUCAAGUUCUUCGCCACCUGCAAGAAGGAGGAGCCCAAGGUCGAGGACGGCAAGCCUGCACCCAAGAGUGACCCGCCGUCGGAGGCGGAGCUCGCGAGGGUCUUCAAGCACUUUGACGAGGACGAGGAGAGCACCCUCAGCGAGGACAGGCUUCUCGCUCUCGUCCGAACUCUAAUGAAGGUCUCUGCAGAGACGGCUUUGUCUUCGGGAAUGAGCAUCGAGGACAAGGAAACCCGGACGCUCCGCCGCAUGGAGGUGGGCGAGGUCGUGGAGGUGCUUGAGGGCCCCAUCGAGGACGGCUCGGCAGGGGUGAUGCGGAUCCGUGCGAAGGCAAUGAAGGAUGGCGUUGAGGGAUGGGUGACCCUCAAGGGCAACCAGGGCACGGUGUACCUGAAGGACGGUGGCAGCCUGUUCAAGGUCGUCAAGGAGACCAUCAUGACACCUGCCUUCGAGCUGGACGCCGUAGUGGACAAGGAUGCUUCCAAGAAGGCGAAGGAUCCGACCCGCAAGCUCAAGGAGGGGGAGCUCCUCGAGGUGAGAGAGUUCCCGAAGAAAGAGGAGAAGUCGGGUCUCACACGGAUGAAGUGCCGAGCUAAGUCCGAUGGUCUGGUCGGUUGGGUCACCACCGUCGGCAAUGCAGGCACGAUUUUUGCCAUUGUGCAGUAGUUGGGCAGGCUUUGAGGCUGAACUGCCAGACUGCCACAGCUGAGCAUAUGAUUCAGAAACCCCCUCCCGAAGAGCUCGGCCAGCGUUUCUUGGCCACCUUGCCGCAAAGCUGGCCCAGUUUCUCGAGCACGCUCGCCCCAUCCAGCGUUAACAGCAAGCUCAGGCUUGUCUCAAGAAGCUUCUGGGAAGCUGGGCCAGAUCUGUGCAAGAGAAUAAUAGUUACCUAACAGCGAAGACUGAUAGGUUUCUAAUGAUCUCAAAGCAUCAU